AUGAGUGAAGAGAGACGAGAUGGAAAGCAACCAGAGGGUUCAGGAGAACCGGCUGUCCAGCAAAUCAACCUCAACCAAGUUCAAUUUGAGGCUAUGAUGGCUGAGAUAACCAGAAGAAUGCAAAAUACUUACAACCUUGCACAACAAGCUAAUGAAAACUUACCUGGUGUUAAUGCAGGGCAAGAGAGGGAUGCGGUUGCUGCUGGAGCUCAGAGAGCACGCAUUGGACCUAUAAGAGGGCCACGAGUUGAGAUUGGGGGUCGUGGGGUUUAUGGAGAACAUUAUCAAGAAGAUUCAACUGAUGAAAGUGAUGAUGGAUCUCAGGCUAGUCAGCAUGGUAGAAACUACAACCGUAGGCGACCAGCUACUGAUAACCUAGGCAAUCUCAAGCUUAGAAUCCCUCCAUUCCAUGGGAAGAAUGAUCCUGAUGCUUACUUAGAGUGGGAGAAGAAGAUUGAACUGGUUUUCAAUUGCCAGCAGCUCACCGAGGAGAGAAAAGUGAGACUAGCAGCUACUGAAUUCUGUGGAUAUGCUAUUAGCUGGUGGGAUCAGAUUGCUACUACCAGGAGACGCAAUGGAGAGCCUCAAGUAGCUUCCUGGUUUGAGAUGAAAACUGUGAUGAAGAAGAGAUUUGUUCCUAAUCACUAUGGAAGAGAUCUACACCAGAAGUUGAGAAGGCUUUCUCAAGGGUCUAAGAGUGUAGAGGACUAUCACCAGGAGAUGGAAACACUCAUGUUAAAAGCUGAUUUAGAAGGUGUAGAAGCUACUAUGGCAAGAUUCCAAGGAGGUCUUAACAGAGAUAUACAAGAUAGGUUGGAGCUACAAGAAUAUGAGGACAUGGAUGAACUGCUACAUAAAGCUAUUUUGAUUAAGCAGCAGAACAAGAGGAAGAGCUCUACCCGGUCUUCAUACACUCCUACUUCAAAACCGGCCUACUCCAGGGAAGAUAAGCCAGGGGAUAAGUCCAAGGGUGGUUCUUCUUCAGUAGAGACCAAGAGAGAUGACAAGGGUAAAGGAGUAGCCACAUCUACUAAGACCAGGAACAUUAAGUGUUUCAAGUGUCAUGGAUUUGGUCACUAUGCUAAUGAGUGCACCAACAAGAAGGUGAUGACUAUCUUAGCCAACGGGGAGGUGAUAUCUGAAGAGGAGGACGCCGGCCAAGAGUCAGAUGAGGAAGGCGUGGAGUACCCUGUCCGUGGAGAGCUACUAGUCACCAGGAGACUUCUCAAUGCUCAACCUAAAGCCAAAGAAGAUGAGCAAAGGGAAAACUUGUUCCACACCAGAUGUUUGGUUCAAGAAAAGGUUUGUAGCCUGAUCAUUGAUGGAGGCAGCUGUACUAAUGUAGCAAGUGCUGAGUUGGUGGAGAAGUUGGGUCUUCAAGUGUUUAAACAUCCUAAACCAUAUCUCUUGCAAUGGAUCAAUGAUGAGGGUGGAUUAAAGAUCACCAAACAAGUGAAGGUCUUGCUAUCAGUGGGAAAGUACCAGGAUGAGAUCACUUGUGAUGUAGCACCCCUUGUAAACACUUUUGUGUUUUAG